AUGCCUCCCGUCACUGCUCGGCUUAACAUGUCGGAGAGAGGAAUCCUCAGCCGUCUAACGAAACGUGGUGAGGGACCACCACCUAAUGUCACCAUACCUGGAAACACCAUCCAGCCCCCUUCCAUUCCAGGAAUGGGUUCAGUUGCUAUCCAGCCAAAGGUCCAGCCCUUAGUGUUGGGCGGUGGCACUAUCAUGCCCCCUGUACAAAUCAGAGCUGGACCCCUUCACUACACUACAAGCUCUGUGUACCGCGCUCCACCCGUGACAGGCAGCAAUGCAACCAUCACAGUCCAGCCGCCUCCACCA